UGGACACAGAGUCACACAGGUGUGGGUGAUGUGUGUAAUUAAUUGGUUUCCCUCCAAGCUCGUGGAUAAGCGUGAUGAACGACUGAGCGACGCAUUCAACACGAGGACUAAUAAACAUCACUUAAGUAUGAGCAGAAGACCACCUAAUAGGUCCAAGGAUGAACCUAGUAGAGGGAAGUGUUCGGAAAAGAAACGUGAGCUUCAGGCUUCUCUUCAUUCUCGCAAGGAACGGAAACGGAGGCUUCAAAUUAAAACAUCUUGUCAACACUUGAGCGACCUUUUGCCCUUUGUCAAGGGCCAGUUAGACACAGCAACCACACUAGAGCUCACUGCGAGGUACAUGAGCUACCUGAAGGAGACUCUGCCUCCACAUAUUCUGUCUAAAGUUAAUAAAGCAGUCGAGGAGAAUGCGAGUUGUUCAAGGAAAAACGUACAGAGACCACAGAAGAAACGAAGAACAAUCAGGUUAAAGAGGAAUACCUCACAGAGACCAAAGCUAGCUCCUAAGAAGUCAACUGAGGAUCAUGCCUCAAGAAGAUGCACUCAGCAGAAGAUCUGUGAACAAGUAAAUCAGCCAGCUUUGACAAUAAGCUACCCUCUGACGAUGGAUCAAAUGCUUCCUGCAGCUGAUGACCUGACCACAAUGCAUGCCCGGCCAAUACUGUUGGAUAAAUCAGCUGUUCCUCGGGGACAAAUGCUGCCAGUGUGCCAGAAUCAAUUCGCCUCUUUUCAGUCAGUGGAAAAUAACUGGAUGAACCCAGCCUCUGCACUUAUGAACCCCGUGCCAUGUGCUUUCACGUCGGCAAUGAUUAGCCACACUUUUUUACCACAGAUAGACCUGCACCCAUCUUCAAGCCAUGUGUCAUGGGAUGUCACUCCCGGCCUCGUGGAUCCUGUUGCUUUCCCAUCAGUGAAUCUUGGCCAGGCCUACAGCCCACCUGAACAGACUACAGAAACAAACACCAUCAUACCCGCAGAACAACAAAGUCAGAUUGAUUCACCUCUCGUUGGCCUGACUGAAUGUCAUUUCAGCUCAGCAGAAGAUUUUACAAGUCAACCACUCGUCCUCUCACCUGUGUUUCAAAAUGUAACCUCGAGCUCUGAGGACUUGACACCAGAGGAUGGAAAUCAGCCAGUGACAGAUGCUGUGUGCGGUUCAAGGCUCCUCCAGGAGAACGACCUCUGUAGUAGUAGCCCUUUGACAGACAGUUCACAGGAUGUGGUCAAUCCGUUUUGGCUGGAUUUGCUGUUAGAUACAAACGGUAACUUGUGCUUCCCUGAUGCUAAUCUCGUAAACAUUGUUCUUUCACCUUACUCAGGGUCCAACUAACUAAAUGGCUGGUGAUGUUAUUGAUAAUAUGUGUAAUAUAUACAGCAUAUUUUCAGUUUUGAUCCAUUUAUCCAAUAUUAGAUAAAUAGAGGUUGAUGUUUAUUUUAUGUUAGUCAUAUACAGCCUAUGUCUAGACGUCCGUGUGCAGCAUUGUAUACAGACUUAAUACAUUUUCAACUGAGUAAAAGUGCUUGCAGUUUCUUUCUAUUGUUUUGUUGUUAAAGAUGGCAUUUGUUAUUUU